UAAAAAACUACAGUUUUUUUUUUAUUUUGCCUAAAAAAACUGAACAAUCAUAAAAAAAGAAAAAGAUCCACUUAGAAUACUUUUAAAAUAUAUCAAAGAAACCAUUUUUACUUGAGUCUGCUUAAAAAUACUCACUAUUUUUCUGCAGAUAUCCGUGAAAAACUAAAAAAAAAAAUAACUUUUUUAUAGGUUAAUCCUCACAUUUUAAAAAAUAUAUAUAUUUCUAAACCAAUAAUUAAAAAAAGCAACACAGGUUGAAGAAAGACACUUUAAUAUUAAUAGUGUGAGUUAAUAAACGCAGUCAUUAAAAACCCUCUGACUCUCUCCUGCAUGUAUGAUUCUAUGCAGCCACUGUGCACUCUAAGGCAGCGCUCAGUGCUCAGCGCUCAGCGCAGCUUUAGGUUCAGCCUCUCUGAAUCAUUCAGGACUAAGCUUCCUCAGCAUCGCCUCUCCCAGAGCAUCUCUACCACUGGAUCAAUCUGAUAAAAAUUCUUCAAUAAUGGACAAGACGCUCAACCUGAUCACUGCAAUCUGCUUGGUAUUUUUUAAACUUCUAAAGCCAGGGAUGGUGAGCGGGAAAGUCUUGGAGGAGACUUACCGGAAAUGGCUGCAGUAUAAAGAAGACUGCGCCAGAAUGAUUGAAGAUGAGCCAUCGCCUCAGGGGGGCUUGCACUGUAACAGGACAUUUGACAGAUAUGCCUGCUGGCCAGAUACUCCUGCUGGCUACAAGGUCAAUAUCUCAUGUCCAUACUACCUGCCCUGGUAUGACAAAGUCUCCAAAGGCGUUGUGAGUAGAAUAUGUGGUUUUGACGGACAAUGGGAGAAGGACGAGAGCGGGCAGGUGUGGAGGGACUUGAGCCAGUGUGAAGAGGAAAAAGAGGUGGCUUCUAGUGAGCUUUGGUUCAAGCAGCUGUUGGUGAGCUUCAGGAUGUUGUACACAGUAGGAUAUUCCACGUCUCUCUCCACUCUCUCAGUAGCUCUGAUUAUUCUGCUAAGCAUUCGGAAACUGCACUGCACCAGAAAUUACAUUCAUGCCAACCUCUUCCUAUCCUUUAUCCUGAGAGCUGUGGCAGUCAUUGUAAAGGACACAAUGCUGGAUCGUCACUGGGGGAGAGAAAUCAUUCAGCAGGUGGACGUGAGCGAAAUGCUCAGCCACAAGGCUGCUUUUGGCUGUAGGGCAGCUCAGGUGAUGAUGCAGUACUGCGUUCUGGCCAAUCACUUUUGGUUUUUUGGAGAGGCAAUUUAUUUGUACUCUGUACUUAUUUCCUCUGUACUCGUGGACAAAAACAAAUACCUUCCAUAUCUAUUUCUUGGUUGGGGAACACCACUUCUGUUUGUGAUUCCCUGGUCUGUGAUGAAGUUGCUGAAAGAAAACAAGGAAUGCUGGGGUGCUAACGAGAACAUGAACUUCUGGUGGAUUAUUCGUUUUCCAAUUCUUUUUGCCUCACUGAUUAACUUUUUGAUCUUUAUAAGGAUCCUUGGAGUCAUUUUUUCCAAACUAAGAGCCAGCCAUCAAAGACGAUACCCAGAUUAUAAAGUUCGGCUUGCCAAGGCUACUCUUACUCUCAUUCCUCUCUUUGGGAUUCAUGAGGUGAUUUUCUUGUUUGUGACAGAUGAGCAGACAACAGGAGUUCUUCGCUUUACAAAAGUCUUCUUCACUCUCUUCAUAAGUUCGUUCCAGGGUUUUCUGGUAGCUGUUCUUUACUGCUUUGCAAAUAAAGAGGUGCAAACAGAACUGAGGAGAAAACUCCGCAGCUGGAAGACAAAGACAGGAAGUUUGUGCUGCGGACAGUGACUAGCAGCUCUUGACUCUCGAGCAGAUAUCAUCUCUGUUGCCACAGUUCCAGAUCAAAACAGAUCCUCUCUUUCAGCUGUCGGACCCAUUCCAGAUUGCUCACCAACUCUUUAUAGUUCUCAACUUCUCCGGCAUCAGGCAGUGUCGCCACAUCUGCAUGCUACUUUAGUGCAUUCUCCUUUUGAGGAAAAUACAAAAAGCUCCCUGCAGUGCAGGGAUCAAGAUGGCUCUGGGCAAUCAUCUGCAGCAAUGCAGGUGUCUUUCCUCAUCCAUCUUAAAGACCCAGUGGAGCUGCUCCCUCAUGUUGUGAAUACAGACCCAGACUGAGACUUUGUUCCGUGUUCCCCCCACACGAUGCUUUUGAUCUUUAUUUCUGAUACAAAUGUAGUAUAAAUCUUGUGUAUUAUAUUAUUGUGUAAAAUUAAAACAACAUUUUUGUAAUUUAA